AUGGCAUCCUACCUAGUGACUGGCUGUUCUCGAGGCCUCGGGUUGGCGCUGAUCACCCGUCUAACGACAUUGCCCAAAACUGAGGUGGGCACAAUCAUCGCCACCGCGCGCCAGGACAAUUCCAUUCGAUUGAAAGAAAUCGCAAGUGCCUCAUCAGGACGAGUGCAGGUGAUUAAGUUAGAUGUCACCAAUGAAUCCAGUGUGAAAGAGGCUGCCCUGGCAGCAGAGCACCAACUGCAAGGGAAAGGGCUUGACUAUUUGGUGAACAAUGCAGGCGUGAGUGACUGGUCCCCGACAGGACUGGAAGGAAUGGACAAUCUGAACGAGACGUUCAAUGUCAAUGUUACUGCACCACAUCUUGUAUCGCGCGCUUUCCUGCCACUUCUGCGCAAAGGCGAGAAGAAAACGGUGAUCAACAUAUCGACGACUUUAGGCUCCAUAGCUAUGGCUGAUGCGUUUCGGGCCUUGCCGACACCGGCAUAUAAGAUCACGAAGGCCGCAUUAAACAUGCUCACUGUGCAAUAUGCCCAGCAAUAUGCGGAUGAUGGAUUCACCUUCCUUGGGAUCAGUCCUGGUUGGCUUCGCACUGACCUCGGUAGCCGUCGAGCAGAUCUUCCGGUCGAAGUAGGUGCAGAGAAGGUACUUGAUAUUAUACAAGAGGUAACGCCGGAGCAGAAUGGAAAGCUCGUGAACAUACAUGUCCCUGGAUGGGAGACACGAGAGGGUCCGAAUCAAUAUGAUGGGAAAGAGAUCCCUUGGUGA